UUUUCGCUAGAUAGAAACAUAGAAUGAAACAGUGGAUUCUCGUUAUAAUCAGCCUAGUGUUUGCAGUAAACGCGCAGAUCCAUCCGGAUAUCAUAGAGGACGCUCAUCUCGAUUCGUUGGGACUACUGCGCAAGUACGGCUAUCCAGCUGAAGAGCACAUCAUCGAAACGGACGAUGGUUACCUGUUGGGGGUUCACCGCUGCCCAGGCAGCCCCGUAUCUCCACCGGCGCUCGGCAAACCGGUAGUUCUGCUGCAACACGGAAUGCUGAGUUCGUCAGCCGACUACAUCCUGAUGGGACCGCAGACUAGCCUGGUCUACAUGCUGGCCGAUGCCGGGUACGAUGUGUGGCUUGGAAAUGCCCGUGGAAAUCGUUACUCCAACCGGCACCGUUCGCGGAACAACGAGACGCAACAGUUCUGGGAUUUUUCCUGGCACGAAGUAGGAUCUAUCGAUAUACCCAACAUGAUCGACUACAUCCUGGCACGGACUGGCCAGCAGGAUUUGCAGUACGUCGGCCACUCACAGGGAACGACAGCGUUCUGGGUUAUGUUGUCCCAACAUCCGUACUACAACCGUCGGAUCAAGAGUGCACAUCUGCUCGCACCUGCAGCCUACAUGCAUCACACCCGAAGUCCCUACGUAAUCUUUCUAGCUACCUUCCUGCAUACGACCGAACUGAUGCUGCAGAUGAUGGGCACUUGGUACUUUGCUCCUACCAAUGAAAUGGACAUCCAAGGAGGGCUGCAAAACUGUCACGACGGUGCUCCGUUUCAGCAAAUGUGCACGAUUAAUACCUUCCUGAUUGCCGGGUUCAACUCGCAGGAGGUUAAUUACACGAUGCUCCCGGUUAUCCACGCUCACUCACCAGCCGGGGCUUCCGCCAUGCAGAUGAUCCACCACGCCCAAACGGUUCGCUCUCGCAUCUUCCGACAGUACGAUCAUGGUGUCACGAUGAACAUGGUUCGCUAUGGACAAGCAGUUCCUCCGCGGUACAACUUUGACAAUGUCCAGGCACCGACCUUGCUCUACCACAGCACCAACGAUUGGUUAGCGGCGCCGGAAGACGUAGAACUACUCCGCCGUGAGUUACCGAACAUCCACAAGCAGUAUCUGGUUCGGAUGCGAGAGUUUAACCAUAUGGACUUCAUCUGGGCCAUCAACGUGCGGUCACUGCUGUACGAUGAGCUGCUCGCUGAUCUUAGAGCCUACGCCUGAAAGGGGCAGGGCGAUAUUUAUACGUACACAUGUAUAUACCGACCCAUGACUCAACGAUGACUGGUCAAAUAUAUUUUAUCUACAUCAA